GAGCUGGAACUUUCUUCUCCAGGUGAGGAUGCGAUCUACAGUUCUCUCUCACAGUCAUGAGGAGUUCUCACUUCCUGCAGCUUUCCAAACCAACACACACGGCUGAGAGUAAAUCAUGUUACACCGCCUCCUCCAUCUCUGUGUGUGUGUGUGUGUGUGUGUGUGUGUGUGUAUGCGCGUGCACGCGCGCGAACGUCCUUCCCAACUCCCGCCCCUCACUGUCACUGCUUUAAUGGCCACGUCUCAAAUCCACUUGGUACACUUCGCACACACACACACACACACACGCUCACCAAACGGACUCGGGGAGGAGAGAGACCUGGUAUCUCGCGCGCACCGUUCUCCGUUCUAGCGGCUGCGAUGCUGCAUUUACGUAUCCCCGCCCCCGCUGCGUUGGCGCUGCUGCUCCUUCAGGUUGUUGUCGUGGUGCUGUUUAUUGGCUGGCAGGGCCACAUAACCCCGCCCUCGCCGGACUCCACCAUUGUAUCUGGGGAUAAAAAAGUGCACGUGCUGCUUCUAUCGUCAUGGCGAUCGGGCUCGUCGUUCAUGGGCCAGGUGUUCAACCAGCACCCGUCCGUGUUUUACCUGAUGGAGCCGGGGUGGCACGUGUGGGGGUGGAUUCAGCACCCGGCCGCACGCAGCCUGCGCAUGGCACUGAGGGACCUGAUGCACCGUAUCUUCCUGUGCGACCUCAGCGUAUUGGAUGCCUACCUGCCCAUCCACCACAACGUCUCGAAUCUGUUCAUGUGGAGCCACAGCCGGGCGCUGUGUUCCCCGCCGGCAUGUCCCUCCCAUUCCCUUCAACACACCUCGAUGCAGCAACCCAAUUGUGAGAAGCAGUGCGACAUGGUGGGGUUGAAGCGGGCGGAGGAGGCGUGUCACACCUACAGCCACGUGGUGCUGAAGGAGGUACGUUUCUUUGAGCUGGAGUCUCUGUACCCGCUGCUGCGUGACCCGUCGCUCGACCUACGCAUCCUGCACCUGGUGCGUGACCCGCGGGCCGUGUUCCGCUCCCGCGAGCAAGCUGUCAAGGCUUUACAGAAAGACACCUCCAUCGUCCUGGACGGGCAAGCGGAGGGACCUGACACACAGCAGCGCAUCAUGCAGGAAAUCUGCAGGAGCCACAUUCGGAUCUACGACACCGCUGUCCGUAAAGCGCCCGACUUCCUGCGAGGACGCUACAAACUCGUGCGCUACGAGGACGUGGUGCGCAACCCGCUGGCAGAAAUCCAGCGCAUAUACGACUUCGUGGGACUCGAGAUGACGGAGCCGCUGCAGGAAUGGAUCCAACAAGUCACACACGGCAAGGGCAAGGGGAAACGCAAUGAGGCGUUCAAGAUCACCGAGCGCAACGCCUCUGAAGUCUCGCAGGCCUGGAGGACAACUUUAAAGUACAGUAAAGUCCAACAGGUCCAGGAGGUCUGCAAGAGCGCCAUGUCUCUGCUGGGCUACCGUCUGGUCAACAGCGAGGAAGAGCAGAAGCAACUCGACCUGGACCUCACGCGCCUGGAGAAGUACAACUUCACGUGGAAUGACGGGGACUGAGGGAUGUUUUAGAGAAUCAGACUGUAUCAGCGGCUCAUUAUUACUUAUUUAUUACACUCGGUGGGAAAUACUGGCUAAAUCAUACUUUACCACAACAAAAAAACCAAGGACGCAUCUAAUGAUAUUUUUAUUUCAUACGUAAAGAUAGACGCUAGGGUCAGUCGGUGUGGCGAAAAGUUCUCUCAGAAAAGUGGAUUAUACGAUGGACGUCUCUCAGAUCUGUGAGCGUUAGCACGAUGAGCAUGUAGCUUCUGAACACAGCUGUAUUUUUAUCCAGGAUCAGCUGGUUAAAGGGGUGUCGUGGGUUCCGUCACGUUCUAGUAGACUCUUAGACAUAUUAAAGGAACGUUUCCACAUGCAGACUUAGCACACCAUGCUAAACUGGAGGCUAUACACGGCCAUGAAUUGUUAGCCACGUUAGCCAGAACCCGAGGAGGAAACAUCUUUUGGGGUAAAAUGACAACGAGCCUCAUUUAGCAAUAUUUAUGUGUAAAUCGUUUAUGAAAAUUCUGAGAAACUUUCGUCUCCUACUCCUUUGUGUGUGUGUGUGUGUGUGUGCGUGUGUGUGUGUACAUUUACACGUAAGAAGACUAAUGUAAACCUCGACUGAUCGGCUUCAAAUGUUAUGAUUUGCGAUGAGGGUUAAGUUUAAGUUUGAUUGAACGCUAUAUACAUCUAUAUAUACACGGUAUACAGUGGGGUCCAACAGUCUGAGACUCUUUUUCAAUUUCAAGGUUUUCAUUACGAACGGUGAAAUCAGCAACAACAUGAGAGAAGACGUGAAGAGUUUCUUAGUAUUCGGUUCAUCCCCUUUUUUGUGCUUUAAUGACAGUGUGCGCUCGAGCUGCACGGACUCCACAAGCUCCCGCAAAACCUUAGGAUCCAUUUUACAUCAAAUACACUGCUAAGUAAUACAAUCGUAUUCUCGUAGACGUGAGCCAAACCUACGUCAGCU